AUGUUGCCAAGGGACAGAUUUCUCCUGAACACUGGCUUGGUGCUUAUUGUGUCACUGUGCCACCUGGUUACAUCCAUUGAAGUCCCCCUAGAUCCAAGCCUUCGGAGAGAGUUGGCCCAGCCUCCAACCAUCACCAAGCAGAGUCCAAAGGAUUACAUUGUAGAUCCACGAGAUAACGUUGUUAUUUACUGUGAAGGGAAGGGGAACCCAACUCCUGCCUUCUCGUGGACUCGAAAUGGAAAGUUCUUCAAUGUCGCAAAAGAUUCCAGAGUUUCGAUGCGAUCGCGGUCAGGGACCCUCACGAUGGACUUUCGUUACAGUGGCCGGGCAGAGGACUAUGAGGGGGAAUACCAGUGCUCAGCCAGAAAUGACUAUGGAACCGCACUCUCCCACAAAAUAUUCCUUCGAGUCUCCAAAGCACCGCUUUGGCGUAAGGAGGUCUUGGACCCUUUCCAGGUUCAGGAAGGAGCACCGUUGAUUCUUCCAUGUCAACCCCCUGCUGGACUUCCCCCUCCCGUCAUCUUCUGGAUGGACAGCAUGAUGGAAUCGAUCCCUCAGAAUAAACGUGUGUCUCAGGGCCUGAACGGAGACCUGUACUUCUCCAAUGUGAUGCGUAGCGAUGCUCGCUUUGAUUACAUCUGUAAUGCCCGGUUCCUCUUCACACACACCAUUCAACAGAAAAACCCAAUCACCAUCAAGGUGAUGACCAUGGAUACCAGUUAUGAAUCAGUGCCAACUAUUCUGAAUGAAACUGAAUUGUCUAGUGCUCGACCAAUCAUGGAGCAGAUUCCAAAGUUCAUGUCACCAAUGGGGACCUCCAGCAGCAGAAUUAUUCUCCGAGGGGAAGACCUGUUACUAGAAUGCAUCGCUUCGGGAAUACCCACACCAGAUAUAAUUUGGUACAAGAAAGGUGGUGAACUGCCUUGGCCAAAGGUGCGAAUUGAAAACUACAACAAGACAUUGAGGAUCACUGAUGUUUCUGAGGAGAACUCGGGAGAGUAUUUUUGCUUGGCAUCCAAUAAAAUGGGAAGCAUACGGCACACGAUCACAGUGAGAGUGAAAGCUGCUCCAUAUUGGCUGAAUGAGCCCCAGAAUUUGGUGCUGGCUCCUGGGGAAUACGGCAGAUUGGUGUGUCAAGCCAACGGAAACCCCAAGCCUAACAUCCAGUGGCUGGUGAAUGGGGAACCCAUAGAAAAGGUCCGUCAGAGUCCAGGCCGUGAAAUUGAUGGUGAUACAAUUAUCUUCCGAGAGGCACAGAUAGGAAGCAGUGCCGUGUACCAAUGCAAUGCCUCUAAUGAGCAUGGGUACUUACUGGCCAAUGCGUUUGUCAGUAUCCUUGAUGUUCAGCCUAGAAUAUUGUCCCGACGAAACCAAAUGGUCAAAGUGAUAGAAAAUAACCGAACAAGGCUCAGUUGUCAGUUCUUCGGUUCACCAAUCCCCACCCUGCGAUGGUUUAAGGAUGGGCAGGGCAAUAAUCUUUAUGGAGGCAACUAUAUUAUCCAUGACAACGGGACUUUGGAAUUGCGACGAGCACGGAAGGUUGAUGAGGGAACCUAUACCUGUGUAGCGACCAACAUACUGGGCAAGGCUGAGAACAGGGUGCGACUGGAGGUCAAAGACCCUACAAGGAUCAUAAGGGCUCCAGAAUCUAUCACAGUGAAGAGGUCAUUUGCUGCAAAGUUUGAAUGUAAAGUGAGGCACGAUCCAACAUUAAGAGUGACGGUUACCUGGCUCAAAGAUGACAAAGUUCUGUAUUUGCCAUGGAGGAUGAAGAAAGAUGAUGACUCUUUAACAAUCAUUAACGUGUCUGAACGAGAUGAAGGGAUCUACACAUGUAUAGCCAGCACAGAACUGGACAGUGACUCAGCCAAGGCACGCCUCACUGUUCUAGUUGUCCCCUCCACCCAAAUUACCCCGCUUGCUGCUGUGUUGAAAGAUCGUCCUGAUGCUCCCCGAGAUCUGGAACUAACGGAUCCAGCAGAUCGAAGUGUAAGAUUGACAUGGAUUCCUGGUGAUGACAACAACAGUCCAAUUACAGAGUUCAUUGUGCAGUUCGAAGAGAACAAAUUUCAGCCCAGAAAGUGGCACAAUUUGACCCGAAUCCCAGGCAACAUCAACUCUGCAGUAUUACAGCUCUCUCCGUACGUUAAUUACCAGUUCAGGGUGAUAGCAGUGAAUGAAGUUGGAGAAGGAGCCCCCAGUUUGCCUUCUGAACGUUAUCAAACAACUGGAACAGCUCCAGAGAUCAAUCCAUCUGAUGUUAGAGGGGCAGGAAUAUCAAAAUCAAGCAUGCAAAUCAGUUGGACGCCUCUGAAUGGAACGCAAAUCAGUGGCCCCAAUCUCAAGUAUAUAGUCAGCUGGAGACAAAAGGAUGUGGGUGGGGAGUGGUCAACAGUCACAGUCCCCAGGGCCAGUUACAUUGUCUCACCAACACCCUUCUUCACGCCCUAUGAGAUUAAAGUGCAGGCAGUGAAUGACUUUGGAGUAGGUCCGGAACCAAGAAUUAUAAUUGGAUACUCGGGUGAAGACUUUCCAAUUGCAGCGCCCACAAGCCUUUCUGGAAGGAUUAUUAACAGCACAGCCAUUCUACUGCAGUGGAGGUCAUUGCCACCAGACACGAUUCAAGGAUAUCUCAUUGGCCACAGAAUUCAGUAUUGGAAUGAGGGAAGUCUGCUGAAGACCAACCAAUACAGGUCACGUGUUCAGGUCAUGGAGUCUCCUGGACAGCGUCCGCGUGCCAUAGUAUCAGGCUUGCAGCCAUAUCAUGCCUAUAAGCUACAGGUGGCAGCAGUCAAUGGUAGAGGACGUGGACCCUGGAGUGAGGAGUUUGCGAUAAACACCACAGAAGGAGUUCCUGGAAAACCGAGUCACCUCAGAAUCCGACAGCCAGACUUGGAGAGCAUUACAUUGCAGUGGGGUUCUCCUCGUGAUCCAAACGGAAUCAUCACCGGCUAUGUGAUCAUGUACCACCCACUGACUGGUUCACGGUCAAGACGCAAUUCCACCAUUCCCAGGCUUGGGCCUGAUGUGACCAGUUACAAGUUGGAGAGGGUUGAUGCAAACACCAAGUACAGGUUCUAUGUCUUCGCUCAAACCCGCCAAGGACUCGGAGAAGCGAUUGUAUUGGAUUCGCCUGACUUUGAAAACGAAGUCACCCCUACUCCUGAGAUUGCAAUAACAAUUGGAGUCGUGUCAAGAUUCACACCUGUCCCAACUACUCCUGCUGCGACCACCGCCAUAACUACCAUAUCUACCACAACCGACACUACCAGCGCUGCUCCCCCGACUGUUAUCAUCACUGAGUCUGCCCAACCAGCUGUCACAGGCACCCAUAUAUAUGUGGAAGCUCACGGUAGAAUAUGGAAUCUCAUUACAUCAGCAGACAAUGACUCUAUCAAUAUCACGUGGAGUCACACCUUCCCGAAGGAAAUGGCAAUGUUUACCGUUGAAUACAUUCACAGUAAUGGCACGAUGAAGCAAGAACAUGUCAAAGCAGGUCAGAAUGCUGUCCGGCUCCUGGGUCUAGCACCUGGCACGCUGUACAAAGUCAGGGUGUUUUCCACCCAGUUCCCAACAAUCACCAGUGAUACCAGCACUAUUGAGACCAGCCCAGCUUUCACUAAUAGUCAUGUGGACAUCGCAACACAGGGCUGGUUCAUUGGCCUGAUGUGCGCUGUGGCGCUCCUGGUGCUGAUUCUGCUGAUUGUGUGCUUCAUAAAGAGGAGCAGAGGAGGCAAAUACCCAGUUAAGACUACAGAAGAAAACAGGCCCUCGCAAGACGACAACGGAUACCUAUCUCUAGAAAGUGAUAAUGAAGACAGCAAGAAGCCUCAAGGCAGUCAGUCUUCAGUGGACGGGACAGUGAAACAGGAGGAGAGCGAUGACAGCAUAGUCAUCUAUGGCGAUGGGGAUGGUAAUUCUCGUUUCGGUGAGGACGGCUCCUUCAUCGGACAGUACACGGUCAAGAAGGACAAAGAGGAGACAGAGGGUAAUGACAGCUCCGAAGCUACAUCCCCAGUCAAUCCUGCCUAUUCCUUGGCACAAAUGUGAAAAGUAAGACGAAACCCAAAACUCGAAGCGUAUGGGCACAGGUGCUACCAAGACAGUAACUACAUUUGAUUUAUCCACCAAUAUCCAUGCAUAUGGAAAACAGAAACAAAGUGUGUUUUGACAAACGUGAGGGGCCAAGUGGCAAAGCCAGCAAGAGAUGACACGUGAAGAGAAUUAAUGAAAGGGGCAAUGUGGAAGGUAGAGUGAUUUAUCAGGCUUUAGAGAAACAUAGCCCUAGAUCUCCCAAGCCUCCAUGCGUUGCUGAUGAGCUCAAUAGCCUGUUUCUCAAGAGUGAGAAAAAAAUCUGGAAAUUGCUAUUCUUCUUCCCAUCCAUUUUAGAUUGCAAGUGACACAAUUUUGGAGAUAAUUUCUAACAUUGUGUAUAGAUAAUACUACCUAGGGAUUCCUUUUAUUCCAAUUGCAAGUCCUGCUCUUGUCCCUAGUUAUC